AUGGAAAAAACCUCUCUUGAUCCGUGUCUAGUCGAUCCUAAAAUCUAACAAGAGGGAGUUAAGUGGGGGAGGCCAGGGACGCGUUGCCUUGCCGUGUCCCGCGGCGAGAUGGACGCGAGCGCCGGCUCCUUCGUCGCCGUCCGCCGGCUCUCCGGCUCCGACCGCGCCGCCGCCUUCCACCACUCCUCUUCGGCGGAGGUGUUGACGGGGUCGUCGGCGUGGAUCGGGAGGGGGCUCUCCUGCGUCUGCGCGCAGAGGAGGGACAGCGAUGCGCGCCUCUCGUUCGAUUUGACGCCUACGCAGGAAGAAUGCCUACAGAGGCUGCAGAACAGAAUAGAAGUUCAGUAUGAUAGUGCAAACAGAGAGCAUCAGGAAGCAUUACGGGCUCUUUGGUGUGAUGCUUUUCCUGGAACCGAGCUUCGGGGUCUAAUAUCAGAACAAUGGAAAGAGAUGGGUUGGCAAGGGAAAGACCCAUCUACAGAUUUUAGAGGCGGAGGCUUCAUCUCCUUGGAGAAUCUGUUGUACUUUGCAAGGAACUAUCCAAAAUCUUUUCAGGAACUUCUUCGCAAGCAGAAUGGUGACCGUGCAAUCUGGGAGUAUCCAUUUGCUGUAGCUGGUGUAAAUAUAACCUUCAUGCUCAUUCAGAUGCUUGAUCUCCAAGCAGUUAAACCGAGGUCAUUGUUCGGAGCAGUUUUCCUAAAGCUUCUUUCAGAAAAUGAUGAAGCAUUUGACAUUCUCUACUGCAUAACCUUCAAGCUGAUGGAUCAGCAAUGGCUUGACAUGCAUGCUACUUACAUGGACUUCAAUACGGUCAUGAAAUCAACACGGCGUCAGCUAGAAAGGGAGCUUUUGAUCGAGGAUAUUCAGCGGAUUGAGGACAUGCCAUCAUACAGGCUUCUGGCCCGGUAGCUAGAAGAAACUGAAAAUCUUAACAUGGCUACAUGUUGCAAGCCUUGAGUUGCUGUGGAUUGCAACUGGCACCCACAGCCUGCGAGAAUCCUGGAAUGUAGAUGCAUCUGUAUCCCUGUGUUUAGGUACUCUGGUAUCCUGAUCUCUGAAAUUUACAAGGUAGGGUUUUUCUUGGUGAUAGAAUGCCACGUAGGGUAACUGAAGUGUCUGAUCAGCUGCCAAGGCAAAGUAUUUGUAGGGUGUGUUUAUUACAAUCGGGUUGUUGCCCAUCAUACCACGAGAAGGGAGCGUUCCAGUUCCUAUAGUUUUCGAUGUAAACAGGAGGAUUUUGGGAAAGCUGAUCUGAGUUGUCUCCCAUUCGCAUAAAGAGAGAGACUAGUUCUUUGAGUGCGCAGCAACUAUGAUGUU